AUGAGUAGAUUGGGGUCAUGGUUCCGCUCGUCGGCCAAGGGGAGUAGCAAUGUGAGCCCGGCCUCGUCGUCGCUCAACCUCUCCUCCAAGGAGUUGACCGCCAAGGAAAUGGCCGAUAUCGAGGAAGCCAUGGUGGCCGCAGCCUUCAUCAUGAACGACGACAUUGAUGGCGCCGAGGAGCGUCUGCGGAAGGGCGACUCGGCCUUUCACCAGCUAGGCUUGUCUAUGACGACAUUUCUCCGCUCUGUCCUCGGCUUCGAGAAGGAGGUCAUGAACGAGGCCUCCAAGCGGCUGGCCGACACCGAGGCCAAGGCAUGGGCCGACUACAAGAAAGCCGAGCGUGAGGGCCAGGCCUCGAGUAGCAGAAUUUACCCGCCAGGGACCGAGUUCCUGCUCAUCCACGCCGAGUCGCAGCUCAUGGCGGCUGUCGUUGCCGUCCUUCACGAGAGCCUGACCGAGGCCCUCAAGGGCUUCUACAAGCUGCGCAAGGCCUUCGUCACCCUCGACGGCAUCAUGUUGCUGGAGGCCAAGGCGUUGGAGAAGGACAAGGGGAAGGCGGACACGCCCCCGGCCGAGGAGAAGAUGCCCGGCAGCUUCGACGACCAGGAAUUUGUCGACCUGGGUCGCAACAACGACAGCGAGGUCCCCAAGUCGGAGACCGGGACGCCGGUGAAGAACAAGGCGAACGGCUUGGCACCGGCGACUCCGGCUCAGGAGCUUGCCGCGCUUGACCUGAACUCGGGCACUUCGACACCCUCCGGCGACGCGCAGCUGGCGCCCCUGCAGGUCUCAUCUCCCGUUGCCGACGACUCGGAGACCGACUCGGGCGUUUUCUCCAACCCUGUCGACGCAUUCAUCCAUAGCGGCGCCAACAUGUGCUUCGGUAUGCUCCUCUUCAUGCUCAGCAUGGUUCCCCCCGCCUUCUCCCGCCUCCUCUACGUCGUCGGCUUUCGCGGCGACCGCGAGCGCGGCGUGCGCAUGCUGUGGAAAAGUACGCAAUUCGACAACCUCAACGGCGCCGUGUCGGGCCUGAUCCUCCUUGGCUACUACAACGGCAUCAUGGGACAGGCGGACAUCACGCCGGCCGAGAUGGACUUUGACGCCGACGCCGAGAUGGUCGGGUACCCGGCCAAGAAGUGCGAGGCGCUGCUGGCCUCGAUGCGGACGCGGUACCCGGACUCGCGCCUGUGGCGCGUCGAGGAGUCCCGCGUCUUGGCGCAGCAGCGCCGCCUCGCUGACGCCAUCCAGCUGCUCACCACGGGCCAGGAGUCCAAGAUGCGGCAGGUGACGGCGCUCAACUGCUUCGAGCUGGGCCUCGCCGCCAUGUCGCACCAGGACUGGGACCUGAUGCAGAAGACGUUCCUGAACUGCCUCGAACUAAACGAUUGGAGCCACACAAUGUAUUACUACAUGGCCGGCUGCGCCGAGCUCGAGCUCUACCGUGACGCGUUCCACAGCAAGGAAAAGGACGAGGCCGAGAUGCGGAGGCGGAAGAAGAAGGCCGAGGAGCUGUUCCGCAAGGCGCCGAUGAUGGCCGGCCGGAAAAAGUUCAUGGCGCGCCAGCUGCCCUUCGACACCUUCAUCACCCGCAAGAUUCAGAAAUGGGAGGACCGCGCCAAGGAGUUCAAGGUCGACCUCGCGGACGCCGUCGUCGUCAGCCCCGCGCAGGAGAUGGUCAACCUGUGGAACGGCACCAAGAGGAUGGACGAUGAGGAGCUGAACCAGGCGAUCAAAGGCCUGGCGUGGGAGCGGUGCACCCUGCCUGCCGAGGCCCUGGAGAAGGUCCAGAACACCCCGGAUGAGGCUUCCAUCCGGUCCAUCUCCCUGGCGGCCAUAUACCGGACCCUCGGACGGCUCGAGGACGCGAGGACUAUUCUUCAGACGGAGGUCCUGAACGUAGACAGAGCCGCGUUCAAGGGCACAACAAAGGACGAGUAUCCGAUGCCCAUGGCGCACUACGAGAUGGCGGCGGUGGCCUGGUUCGAGGGGUGCCAGCCGGAGAAGCGCACGCCCGCGGCCGACGAGCCGACGGACGCCGAGGGCCAGGCCAAGGCCGUGGAGGACUACCGCAGGAAGAAGACGGACGAGUGCCAGGAGUGGCUCGACAAGGUCGUCGCGUGGGAGGCCUUCGUCUUCGACGCAAGGCUGGGCAUGCGCGUGCAGUCGGCCCUCGAGACGCUCAAGUGGUUCAAGAAGAAGAACGCGUGGGCAUAG